UGAAAAUACUUGAUUUUUGUAUUCAUUUUAAUUAGAUUAUUGAAAUCGCGAUUACUUGUGUUUAAGUAAACCUUCACUUAAAAUAAAUUAGUAUGCAAUAUGCAAGAAACACAUACUUUGAACAUAUGUUUCCUCUGUUUAUCUCAUGAUAAUAUUGUAAACAUUGAAACAGAAACUAUCUUGGAUCAGGUGAAAUGGAAGGAUAAGUUAGAGUUUUGUGUAGCAGAGCUGAAUUGGGACAUAUCAUGCUUCAUCUGUUCACAAUGUUCCAGUGAACUCGAUGCUUAUUACACAUUUCGCAAGAAGGUCAUCAAGUCUUAUUCCCAGUUAUCUUCAGAGUAUAACUAUUCCUUGGGUGAUACUGAAGAUUGCCAAGAUGUGCUGCAAGAAAGUGAAGAUGUGCAGCCAAGGGUGGAAAAUGAAUUUAUAUGCAUACAUUGUGGUGAGGGAUUUAAAUCAAAGGAAGUCCUGACUGCACACAUAGAGACUCACAGUAGUGCAGAUGAUGAGAAAAAGUAUGGCUGUGAUACCUGCAGCAGUGUAUUGACAACGCGCAAAAAAUUAGAGAUACAUAAAGUGGAUUGCAGUAAAGUUGAAGAGAAGAAUGAUAUCAAGAAGUUGAAAGUAGCAAAUAGCUGUGAAACUUGCGGCCUGGAAUUUUCGACGAAAUACUUAUUGAAUCGUCACGUGAAGAAUGUCCAUGCCACUGAGAAGAAACAUAAUUGCGACGUUUGCGGACAGAAGUUUGCGUCUGCUGUGUAUCUGUCCGCUCACAAGAAGUACCACUCCGGAAACAGACCACACAUAUGUUCGUUUUGUGGAAAAGGUUAUAUUACUACCAGCGAUUUAUAUCACCAUGAAAAAAUCCACGCGAAUAAGAGGGCUUACAAAUGCGUGGAAUGCCCGAAAGCUUUCAACACCUCCAGCGAUCUGCACAAACACAAGAUAUGUGUUCAUAUAGAUCGAUCGGAAUGGAAGUACGUGUGCUCGCAUUGCGAUCGUCGUUUUCCGCUGAAGAUCAAUCUGGAUACUCAUACCAAAACUCAUACUGGCGAAAGAAACUAUGCUUGCCAUUUGUGCGAGAGGCGGUGCAUCAAUCGGAGCGUUCUUCUUAAGCAUAUAGAAUCGCAUUCUAAUGUUAGAUCCUUUAAAUGCGAGCACUGCAGCCAAACGUACAAAUACCAGAAGUCCUUAAACAUACAUCUGGCUAAGACGCACAGCAUCGGAGACGCGAAGAUACCCGAGCGAGUGAAGAAGUACUUCUGUCACAUAUGUCCGAAGUCGUAUUUUGCUAAUAACAAACUGCAAAAGCACAUACGAAGUCACACGGGAGAACGUCCCUUUUCUUGUGAUAUUUGCGAUAAAAAGUUCAUCGAUAAGAGUUACGUCAAGCAACAUUUAAAGGCUUCACAUAACGUACUACAUUCCAUUUAAAUCUACAUAUGUAUAAUCAUUAAUUUUAUACUUUCAAAUUAUGACUCAUCAUUAUAGUGUACAAAAAUUACAAA